GUUCCUUCCGCUUCGCGUCUCCGUUGGCUGGAGACAGGCGGAGUGCCGGCGCCCGGCUUUGGUGGCCUCUAGUGAGAUAGGGAGGGUCCAAGGAUUCUGUAGCUCCAAUGUUGUCAAGACUUUUCCGAAUGCAUGGCCUCUUUGUGGCCUCCCAUCCCUGGGAAGUAAUAGUGGGGACAGUGACACUGACCAUCUGUAUGAUGUCCAUGAACAUGUUUACUGGUAACGAUAAGAUCUGUGGUUGGAAUUAUGAGUGUCCAAAGUUUGAAGAGGAUGUUUUGAGCAGUGACAUUAUAAUUCUGACAAUAACACGAUGCAUAGCAAUCCUGUAUAUUUACUUCCAGUUCCAGAAUUUACGUCAACUUGGAUCAAAAUAUAUUUUGGGUAUUGCUGGCCUCUUCACAAUUUUCUCAAGUUUUGUCUUCAGUACAGUUGUCAUUCACUUCUUAGAUAAAGAAUUGACAGGUUUGAAUGAAGCUUUGCCCUUUUUCCUACUUUUGAUUGACCUUUCCAGAGCGAGUGCAUUAGCAAAGUUUGCCCUCAGUUCCAACUCACAGGAUGAAGUAAGGGAAAAUAUUGCUCGUGGAAUGGCAAUUCUAGGUCCCACAUUCACCCUUGAUGCUCUUGUUGAAUGUCUUGUGAUUGGAGUUGGUACCAUGUCAGGGGUGCGUCAACUUGAAAUUAUGUGCUGCUUUGGCUGCAUGUCAGUUCUUGCCAACUACUUCGUGUUCAUGACCUUUUUCCCAGCUUGUGUGUCCUUGGUAUUAGAGCUUUCGCGGGAAAGCCGUGAGGGUCGUCCAAUUUGGCAGCUCAGCCAUUUUGCCCGAGUUUUAGAAGAAGAAGAAAAUAAACCAAAUCCUGUAACUCAGAGGGUCAAGAUGAUUAUGUCUCUAGGCUUGGUUCUUGUUCAUGCUCAUAGUCGCUGGAUAGCUGAUCCUUCUCAAAACAGUACAGCAGAAAAUUCUAAGGUUUCUUUAGGACUGGAUGAAAAUGUGUCAAAGAGAAUUGAACCAAGUGUUUCCCUCUGGCAGUUUUAUCUCUCUAAGAUGGUCAGCAUGGAUAUUGAACAAGUUAUUACCCUAAGUUUAGCUCUCCUUCUGGCUGUCAAGUACAUCUUCUUUGAGCAAGCAGAGACAGAAUCUACACUCUCAUUAAAAAACCCUAUCACAUCUCCUGUAGUGACACAGAAGAAAGAUCCAGACAAUUGUUGUAGACGUGAACCUAUGCUGGUCAAGAAUAACCAGAAAUUUCAUUCAAUGGAGGAAGAGACAGUGAUAAACCGAGAAAGAAAAGUUGAGGUUAUAAAACCCUUAGUGGCUGAAAGUGACACCUCAAACAGAGCAACAUUUGUGGUUGGUAACUCAUCUUUCCUCGAUACUCCAUCGGUGCUGGUAACACAGGAUCCUGAAGUUGAACUUCCCAGGGAGCCUCGGCCUAAUGAAGAAUGUCUGCAGAUACUUGGGAAUGCAGAGAAAGGUGCAAAAUUCCUUAGUGAUGCAGAGAUCAUCCAAUUAGUUAAGGCUAAGCAUAUUCCAGCUUACAAAUUGGAAACUCUGAUGGAAACCCAUGAACGAGGUGUAUCUAUUCGCCGACAGUUACUUUCCGAAAAGCUUCCAGAGCCUUCUUCUCUCCAGUACCUACCUUAUAGGGACUAUAAUUACUCCUUGGUGAUGGGAGCUUGUUGUGAGAAUGUUAUUGGAUAUAUGCCCAUCCCUGUUGGAGUGGCAGGACCUCUGUGUUUGGAUGGAAAAGAAUUUCAGGUUCCAAUGGCAACAACAGAAGGUUGUCUUGUGGCCAGCACUAAUAGAGGCUGCAGAGCAAUAGGUCUUGGUGGAGGUGCCAGCAGCCGAGUCCUUGCAGACGGGAUGACUCGUGGCCCAGUGGUGCGUCUUCCCCGUGCUUGUGACUCAGCAGAAGUGAAGGCCUGGCUUGAAACACCUGAAGGGUUCACAGUGAUAAAGGAGGCAUUUGACAGCACCAGCAGAUUUGCACGUCUACAGAAACUUCAUAUGAGUAUGGCUGGUCGCAAUCUUUAUAUCCGUUUCCAGUCCAAGUCAGGAGAUGCCAUGGGGAUGAACAUGAUCUCGAAGGGCACAGAGAAAGCACUUUCAAAACUUCAUGAGUAUUUCCCUGAAAUGCAGAUUCUAGCAGUUAGUGGUAACUAUUGUACUGACAAGAAACCUGCUGCUAUAAACUGGAUAGAGGGAAGAGGAAAGUCUGUUGUUUGUGAAGCUGUCAUUCCAGCCAAGGUGGUCAGAGAAGUCUUAAAAACUACUACAGAAGCUAUGAUCGAUGUAAACAUUAACAAGAAUCUGGUGGGCUCUGCCAUGGCCGGGAGCAUAGGUGGCUACAAUGCCCAUGCAGCAAACAUUGUCACAGCUAUCUACAUUGCCUGUGGGCAGGAUGCGGCACAGAAUGUUGGUAGUUCAAACUGUAUUACUUUAAUGGAAGCAAGUGGUCCCACAAAUGAAGAUUUGUAUAUCAGUUGUACCAUGCCGUCUAUAGAAAUAGGAACUGUAGGUGGUGGGACCAACCUACUACCUCAGCAAGCCUGUUUGCAGAUGCUAGGUGUUCAAGGAGCAUGCGAAGACAAUCCUGGGGAAAAUGCCCGGCAGCUUGCCCGAAUUGUGUGUGGUACAGUAAUGGCUGGGGAAUUGUCACUGAUGGCAGCAUUGGCAGCAGGACAUCUUGUCAGAAGUCACAUGAUUCACAACAGGUCAAAGAUAAAUUUACAAGACCUCCAAGGAACUUGCACCAAGAAGGCAGAUUGAAUAACCUGACGCUCUGAACUGAAACAUGGGCAUUGGGUUCUAAAGGACUAACAUAAAAUCUGUGAAUUAAAAAGCUCAAUGUAAUGUCCUGUUAAGGAUGAGUAGACAUGAUCAGUGAGACAACUGCUUGGUUUUUGGCUCUUUCAGAGAGGUCUGAGUUCUUUCCGUGCGGUCUCUUCAGAUCUGAAAACAGUUUAGUGCUUUACAUGCUGCGCUCAUUGGAAAGACCUCAACAUGGGUAUUCUGCUUUAAAGCAUCACAGAAGGAAAUCUACAGCUCACCUCUGAAGGCGAAUACAAGCUGGAAAAAAAGUAUUUUCUUUUGAUGAAAUUCAUGAAGUUCAUGAUGAUCAGUGUGAGAUUACCCUCCUUCCCACCCCCACAGGUUGAAAAUGGAUUUUUAAAUUAUACUGUAGUUGACAAAGCUUCUGAUUUUAUAGUUAAUUUAUUAAGUCUGGGUUGUAGAUCUUUAAGAAAUAAGAGCUAAGUUUAUUUUUUGUAAACUAAUAUUUCAUUUGGU